AUCCUAAUCUCUUUCCAUUUCUCACGCGAGCGUUUCCUUCCCACUUUCUUCUCCUCGCAAAAUCCCCGAAAAAACACACACAAAUCCUCUUCGGCUAAGCAUACAGCCAUCCUAGCUAUUGCUACAUCACAAGAUGACGACGAGCCAAGGUGGAUCAUCCUCGAGGAGAAGCGUAACGUUGACCAACUCGUCGUCUCACGCAAGGAAAGCCGCCGCGGAGAACGGUGGCGGUGGAGUUGGAAAUUCCUCUCUUCACCACCGCAAAUCAUUAACCGCUUCCCGUUCCAUGGGACUGACAGGAGAACGGACAGUCAAGCGCUUGCGGCUGUCUAAAGCCUUGACAGUGCCUGAUAGUACAAGUAUCAGUGAAGCUUGUCGCCGGAUGGCUGCCCGUAGGCUUGAUGCGCUAUUGCUGACAGAUUCAAAUGCAUUAUUGUGUGGAAUAUUGACUGAUAAGGAUAUUGCUAUAAGGGUGAUUGCUCGUGAGGUUAACCUUGCAGAGACUCCUGUUUCGAAAGUCAUGACAAGGAACCCAGUAUUCGUGCUUUCUGACACCCUCGCAGUUGAAGCCCUGCAAAAGAUGGUUCAAGGAAAGUUCAGACAUUUACCAGUUGUUGAAAAUGGAGAAGUGAUUGCAUUGCUUGAUAUAGCAAAAUGUUUGUAUGAUGCCAUUGCUCGCAUGGAGAGAGCAGCGGAAAAGGGAAAGGCUAUUGCUGCUGCUGUUGAAGGUGUUGAGAAGCACUGGGGGACGACAGUUUCUGGUCCUAACACAUUCAUUGAGACACUCCGGGAGCGAAUGUUUAGACCUUCCUUGUCCACUUUAAUCUCAGACAACUCAAAGAUUGUUACGGUUGAACCAAGUGACACCGUGCUAGUGGCUGCAAAAAAGAUGCUUGAAACCCGAUCAAGCUGUGCCAUUAUAACAGUAGAUAAGAAACCACGAGGAAUACUCACUUCGAAAGACAUUUUGAUGAGAGUCAUAGCUCAAGAUCUUCCUCCAGAGUCCACUCUGGUGGAAAAGGUGAUGACACCAAACCCAGAAUGUGCAACAGUUGAUACACCUAUUGUUGAUGCUCUUCAUACCAUGCAUGAUGGCAAAUUUUUACACCUCCCAGUUGUCGAUAAAGAUAGCGUGGCUGUGGCUGUUGUUGAUGUGCUUCAUAUAACUCAAGCAGCUGUAGCCACCGUUGGUAGUACAGCUGGGGUUACUAGUGAGGCUGCAAACACUAUGAUGCAAAAGUUUUGGGAUUCUGCCAUGGAGUUAACUCCAGAGGAUGAUGAGGAGACCAGGAGUGAGAACUCCUUGAAGAUACCUUCCGAUGGCGGAGAAACUGGACGAACUAUUCCUUAUCCUUCUUGCUCCUCAUCCAGUAUGUUUGCAUUCAAGAUUGAAGAUAGAAAAGGAAGGAUGCAUAGGUUUUUAUGUGGUACCCAGAAUUUGGCUGACCUUAUAACAGCAAUACUCCAAAGAGUAGGGGACGAAAUUGACCGCAACAAACUUCCACAAAUUUUGUAUGAAGAUGAAGAUAAGGAUAAAGUUAUGCUUGCAUCAGAUAGUGACCUUCAAGCAGCUGUAGACCAUGCAAGGUCAGCUGGCUGGAAGGGUUUGAGACUGCAUUUAGACUAUUCUGGGACACCUAGUCGGCGAAAGGGAUCGAACUCGAGCAGUAGUCUGGAAUAUGGUCAAGCAGAUGCAUGGGCUUCUGCAUAUAGUGCUGUGGCAGCUGGGGCUGCACUAGUUGCCGGUUUAGGCGUUUUAGCAUUCUUGAGGCGCACUGGAAACUGAUCGUAUUUGAUUCAAGAUAUGCUUUGCUUUGCAAUUUGUUAAGCUUGGAGACCGAAAAGGUUAGCCUGUGCUGCCCUUCGCAUUGGAUUUAUACAUCUACAUAAUUGAAAAUAUAAAAAUAAAAAAUAGUGAUGUGUUGAUAAUGACGAAAAAAAAGGUGAUAAUUCUACAUACAAUUUUUAGCUCCUUCAAGUGAGCUGUCUUCGAUUAAUGAAUUGAUGACUGCAACCAUAUUGGUUCCUGAUUGUUAAUGUGUAAUUGGGGAACUGCACAUAAUUGUUUCAGUUUUUGCUUUUGGAAAAUAAUGACCGUUGGUCUUAUAUUGAGAAAACUCUUUGUUUUUU